AUCUGUCGUACAAUCCAAGGCCUGUGCCGUUUUAGGCAAAACGAUCCAAUCUAUCUUCACCGAACCGUACCCAAGGAUCCUCCGGGCGUUCUGUCAUUUUCCGACGCUGCCAAAUGGAACAGGAUCAACCGGAGAGUCAAUCUGUGAUACAAUCGGACCGGGUCAAGAUCAACGGGACGGUGUUACCGCUGGAGGUUACGGGAGACGGGAAGCUCCGGUGGAUGGAUGAAGGUCAACGGUGUUUGACUUUGGAGAAGGAGGUGCUCGGGUUUUCCGUGGACGGUUCCAGAAUCAAGAUCAAAGCCGUUGUUGAGAAAGGAGGUGGAAUUUGCUGUGUUGGUAAUGGCGGACAUUUGGUGAGGAAGAGCUUCGUGUUCGAGCCUCUCUCUGAAGAUUCGCUCAGGCUCUGGUGUCAAAAGCUUCGCGACUAUAUGGAUUCUCUUGGUCGGCCGAAGAGACUAUUUAUUUUUAUGAAUCCAUUUGGUGGGAAGAAAUCUGCUCCCAAGAUUUUCUUUGAGGAUGUAAAACCUUUCCUUGAAGAUGCUGAUGUUCAGUUUACAUUGCUAGGUCUAGAUUCUCAUCCCAUAGAACCGUAAAGAUUGUUAUUUAGCAUCACCUGGUUUUACUGCAUUUUUGUUUAUGCUUUCUUAGUGUUACUCAACUGUCAGAAACUAAAUAUCAGCUGCAUGCAAAAGAAAUUGUAAGGACUUUGGAUCUCUCAAAGUAUGAUGGCAUUGUUUGUGUUAGUGGGGAUGGCAUCCUUGUCGAGGUUAGUUGGCCUCGCUUUGUUGUUUCAUAAAUGCUUUUCUGUGUUUUUGAUGCUCAUGAGAUAGAUAGAUUGUGGAACAUAACCAUGUCAGAGGCUAAUUAUUUGCCUUAGAUUGGUGCAACUUUUGGGUAUUUCCACUGCUCUCAUGAAGAAGUGAUGGUGUGGAGAGUGCAAUUCCCAAUUCUAUUUUGUAGAUACUUUCCAUACUCUAUUUUCUUGAGGUUUGAUGUCAAAGUUUCUAAUUUCCCUGAAUUAUCGGGUUCUUUGUUUUGCUUCUUUUUGAAAAAACUCUGUUAAAUCAAAGACUCUCAUCUUUUAAGUUACAGCACUCUCUUGUAGAAGUGUAUAUGUAGUUAUAUUGAAUUAUGGUACACUAGCUUUAUGGAAUGCAGUCAUGCACUCUGGUAGAAGAUUUAAUUGCUACAGAGCCAGUGACUGCAAGGCAUUUAAAUUAAUAGAAACUAAAUUAAUAUAAGCAUAUACCCUUCACAUUGGCAGACUUCCAUUAUAGUAAAUCCUGAGCUUUUGC